AUGUCCUGAUGAGACCCAUCAACGGCUUGAUCAUCUCUGUUUCGCUUCUGCCAGUCAGAAAAGUCGAUUGACUUCCCGAGAUAAACUCAAGCACAAUCGACCAACACCCAUCCGCCACAAUGCAAGCAGCAAACCGUCUCCAAAAGGCCCUCAAAUCCGGCAAGCCAACAUUUGGAGGCUGGCAAAUGCUGCCCGGCGCCAACAUCAGCCGCGCCAUAGCCCGCGCCCCGAACCUUGACUGGAUCUGCGUCGACUGCGAACACGGCAACAUCUCCGACGCCGAGAUGCACGAUAGCGUCGCCGCGAUCGCCGCCUGCGGCGUUAGCCCCGUAGUUCGUGUCGCCGAUGGCCAGCACUGGAUGAUCAAAAGGGCGCUCGACGCUGGCGCUCAUGGAAUCGUCGUGCCGUUGUUGCAGACGGUCGAGGAUGCGAGGAAUGUGGUCAAGUAUAGCAAGUUUCCACCAGUAGGGAAUCGAGGUUUGGGUAGUCCAUUCGCGAUGGAGAAGUUCGCGGAGCAAGGUGUGAAUGUGAAGGAGCUGUCGCUCUUGGAAUACUAUCGUCAAGCGAACGAUGCUAUUGUCGUGAUGGUGCAGAUCGAGACGGCGACGGCGUUGGAGCAGAUUCAGCAGAUUGCGGAGACGCCGGGUGUGGAUGUCUGCUUUAUCGGGCCCGUUGACUUGGGAAACAGUAUCGGCCAUCCGGCGGUCAAUAUCGGAGAGUAUCCCCCUGAGCUGCAUGCAGCCAUUGAGAGGGUGCAUGAGUCGACGCAGAAGGCGGGGAAGUGGACGGCUAUGUUCACGGGUGGUGGGAAGGAUGCGCAGAAGUAUGCGGCGAAGGGCUUCAAUAUGAUCAACAUAAUGACUGAUGUCGGGGCGAUCAAGAAGGGAUUUGGGGAGGCUGUCAGUGAGGCGAUGAAGUAA